UCAGAAUCAAACAACACACAUAGACAACGGAAUUUGGUUUGGUGGGGGCAGAAAUAUGAAGCAAAAAGUAGUCAUUGAGGUGGAGAUGAAAUGCAAGAAAUGCCGGUCCAAGGCCUUGGAGAUAGCUGUUGCAAAAGAUGGUGUCACUUCAGUGGCUAUAAAGGGUGAAAGAAAAAACCGAAUAGAAGUGAUCGGAGAGGGAUUUGUUGAUGCAGCUGGCUUGGCUGAAACAUUGAGGAAAAAGGUUGGCUUUGCAGAUUUAGUGAGCGUGGAAGAUGUCAAAGAAAAGUCGACUUAG